AACACGUCGUUGGAAACGUUCGCAGGUAGUUGUAGUGGACUAAUUGUGCGUGUUACAAAGUUCGCAGUUGAAGUUUUCAGUAAGAGAAUGGAGCAGUACAGCAUCCUUGGACGCAUUGGUGAAGGAGCGCACGGCAUUGUUUUGAAAGCAAAACAUAUUGAGAGUGGUGAAGUUGUUGCAUUGAAGAAGGUUUCACUAAAAAAUCCUGAAGAUGGCAUCCCCAAUACAGCUCUCAGAGAGAUCAAGGCUUUGCAGCUAAUUGAGGAUAACCCAUAUGUUGUGCGAUUGCGUGAAGCUUUUCCCCAUGGCUCCAUGAUUGUGUUAGUUUUUGAGUAUAUGUUGUCUGACCUGUCAGAAGUGAUCCGUAAGUCAGAGCGCCCACUUACUAAAGGUCAAGUAAAGUCAUAUAUGCUGAUGCUCUUCAAAGGUCUGGCUUUUCUUCAUGAUAACAAGAUUAUGCACCGAGAUCUGAAGCCAGCCAACUUGCUGAUCAGCUCAACAGGCCACCUAAAGCUUGCAGACUUUGGCCUGGCACGUGUCUUCCAUAACAAAGGCGAGAGGGAGUAUAGUCAUCAAGUUGCCACAAGAUGGUAUAGAGCCCCAGAACUUCUUUAUGGAGCUCGCAAGUAUGAUGAAGGGGUUGAUCUGUGGGCUGCAGGAUGCAUAUUUGGUGAACUGUUAAACAACUCUCCUGUCUUUCCUGGUGAGAAUGACAUUGAACAGCUUUGUCUUGUUAUUCGUGUCCUUGGAACCCCUAGUGAAAAAACCUGGCCUGGAAUGCAUGAAGAGGACCUUCCUGACUUCCACAAGAUCUCUUUCGAGCCUUGCCAGCCUGUACCACUUGAAGAAAUAUUCCCUGAUGCAUCAUCUGAAGCUCUGGAUCUGCUGAAAUGUUUUCUUGUCUACCCAUCCAAGAAGCGAAUAUCAGCCAAAAAGGCUCUUCUUCAUCCAUAUUUCUUUACUGAACCGCUGCCGGCCCAUCAUUCAGAGUUACCAAUUCCUCAACGGUCCUCGAGACGAAGUGGUUUGCAUCUCAAACACCAGACCCAUGACUACAACAUUGACCUUCCUCUUCAGGAAAUUGUUGUUGACCCACAAUUGCUAGCACCACAUGUGAUAAAAAUGAAACAAUGAUGUGUUUUAAUUUCUUUCUAGACAUUUAUGACCUGAUUCUGACAUUAGCUAACAGCUAAAAAGCCAGAGAUUAUUUAUUAAGGGUGGGUUGGGUGUGUGUGUACAUGUUUGUGAGUGUGGGUGGAUUUAGGGGACAGGAGUGAGUGUAUCUGAGAGAGAGUUUUUGUGUAAAAUAUUUGCUCUAUGUUCCUAGAUUUGAUAUUAGUUUAAUAUGAAAUAUAAUAUUUAAUAUGAAUAUAAUAUUAGUUUUAACAUGAAAAUCAACUGCUUUAAUAUUUAUGUUUAAUA